CGAAUAAAGAAGGAAGGCGGAGAAGAGAAUGACGAACGCCAGAUGCACCAAAACAAUAUUUUCUCAAAAUUCCUAAGCAAUUCUAUGAAGAUAUCCCACUGCCUCCAUUGAAACCAUAAAAACUAAAUCUUCUCUCUCCAAUCGUGGCUGUGGUGGUGGUGGUCGAAAAGCUCUGAUGCUGCUCAUUUCUGAAAGCUGAGCCGCCUUGGAGACCUCCUCCUUCGUCUCGAAUUUCUCAGGCAGAGGUCGUGAGAUGGGCAUCCGCAUUUUGCUCUCUUCCAAGGAGAAUGGAACUUGAGUUUUGGGGGGGGGGAUCUCUUGCCGGUUUUUGAAUUGAAAUUUGUCAUCUGGGUGAUGCCUCCAGGUUGCCCCAGUGCUGGCGCAGCAACUCAUUUAAUUUUGGAUCAAAUAGGGGAAAAGGAGAGAUUUCAGAAUAAGGGGUUGAAUAUAUUGCGGUACUGGGGAAGUGAAAGGAUAGCGGGAGAGAAGGAGAGACUAGUGAAAGGUUUUCAGGUGAUUAUAAAUUUAUAUUUUAAGACUCUACAAUUUUUACUAACCCUCCCUUGAAUUUUUCCAGAGUUAAGUAGAAGCUCGAUCUUUUUACCAUUUUCCCGGUAUUCUUGCUUGGCAUCCGUAACCCUAAAACCAGCCCCAAUUGUCAGAAUGGUGAGACGAACUCGAUCCCGAACCAAAGGCGUUUCUGACUCGGAGCUUCGGUCUCAGGAUUCUCAGUCUCCAACCACGACUGCUAUUUCAUUAAACCCUCCUCCUCCAACUUCUUCCAAACUUUCAUUUCGGGCUCGAAAAAUUCGAAGAGUCACAUCCGAUGCUGAUGAUAACAAACGCCCCCAGAUUCCCGACGCAGAAGAAUCCAGGACCUCACACUCGGAGGCCAAUACUUUCAUUACGGAGAAGGAAACCCCAUCCGCAUCGCCCUCCGUUUUACCCAUGAUCGUUAAGCCGUUGACGUUGAAAAGUGAAAUCGAUCUCGCUCUUCAGCAUUUGCGCCUGUCUGAUUCCCUCUUGGCGUCUUGUAUCGACUCUUUUCGCCCUCCUGAGUUCCCUACUCAUCGCCCGGCAUUCCUGUCUCUCACAAAAAGCAUUGUUUGCCAGCAACUUUCUAACCAGGCCGCCAAAACGAUCCACACACGUUUCGUCUCACUCUGUGGAGGUGAGGCUUCAGUUCUGCCUGAGACAGUGCUUGGACUGACGGUACAGCAGCUUCGAGAAGUUGGAAUCUCUGGACAGAAAGCGGGUUACAUCCAUGAUCUGGCAAGCAAAUACAGGGAAGGUUUACUAUCAGAUUCUUCAAUACUUGAAAUGGAUGAUGAGACCCUCUUUAAUAAGCUUACUAUGGUUAAGGGGAUUGGGCCUUGGUCAGUGCACAUGUUCAUGAUCUUCACACUUCACAGACCGGACGUUCUUCCUGUAGGGGAUCUGGUUGUUAGAAGAGGCGUGGAGCGAUUGUAUGGCCUCAAAGCAUUGCCAAAGCCUUCACAAAUGGAGAAAUUAUGCGAGAAGUGGAAGCCAUAUAGGUCUGUUGGGGCUUGGUAUAUGUAUAGGCUCAUGGAAGCAAAAGGGGUUUUGCCGACAUUGUCAGCAGUAGAAGUGGCGUCGACAUUGGCGGGAAGUACCGUGACAGAGCAGCAACAGAUCGAAUAGCCUCACCAAUGUUACCCUUUCAAUGGAAAUGCAAGCCUAUAAAUUGGAAUUAUGUGUCUUGCUAAUCUUCAAUUGCGUGGUAAAUCUGUAUUUGGUUUGCUAUUCCAUUAUCAUGCAAGUUUAAUCUAGCAUCCAGUGACCCCUCAUUUUUGAAGUUCGAUUGGACUUCUCAAAUCUGCACACGCACACAUCAUUUUAUAUUUGGGUAAUUGGGCGUGGUUAUAUUUAUUCGAAACGAAACGUUUGUUUGGUGAUAUCGCGUCUCGUAGGCCUGUCUUAGUGGAAAUGUAAAAUCUGUGUGAUUGAUGAAAAUGAAAGAAAAGGGGCUGCCGGAUUCAACUCUUCUGUAAGAUUUCUGCAUUUUGGAUGGAUGGUCAUCGUUAUAUAGGAUUUGUUGUAAACGAUAGAAGUCCUGUCUGAAGGAAUGAUUGUUAUUAUUUUCACUAGCUCAUAAACACUGUCGAUUUUUGAUGGAUAAGGUAGCUAACUGAAAUCUCAUACUUUC